UAUACAUAAAACCCACCCCAGCAUCACGCCUCUGCUGGGAGUCUGUGUCAACAUCAGUCAGACAUGGCAAGUAAGAAGGCCUCUAAUAAGAGACAGAGGGGAGGACAGAAGUCCUGCUCCAAUGUUUUCUCCAUGUUCGAGCAGUCCCAGAUACAAGAGUUCAAGGAGGCUUUUGGUUGUAUUGACCAAGACAGAGAUGGUGUUAUUAAAAAACAAGACUUGAAGGAGACCUACGCACAGCUGGGGAAGCUUAAUGUCCAAGACGAGGAACUGGAGCAGAUGUUGAAUGAGGGGAAAGGUCCUCUCAACUUCACUGUGUUCCUGAGUCUUUUUGGGGAGAAACUCAAUGGUACUGAUCCUGAAGAAACCAUACUUGCUGCCUUCAAACUGUUUGAUCCAAACGGGACAGGCUUUGUUAAUAAGGAUGAGUUUAAGCGACUGCUGAUGACCCAAGCUGAUAAGUUCACACCGGAUGAGGUGGAUCAGGCCUUCUCUGUCGCUCCCAUUGACCCAACGGGUAACAUUGACUACAAGUCACUGUGCUACAUCAUCACACAUGGAGAUGAGAAGGAGGAAUCCUAAGAAGAACGGCCAUCCAUGUUGUCAGAACCUGCAGGGAACAUGAAUGUUUCAAAUCCAGCUGUUCAGCAGUUAUAAGAGCCGCAGUCCUGUUGGUGUUACAAACUGUUGAAAGCGUAUUUGUUUGUAUGAUGUGAAAAUAAUAAAAGUGUUGGCUCCUCCAAA